AUGUAUGCGAAGCGUUACGAAGCACCCCGUUCCACCCUUCCUCGUGGCCCAGGCUACCUUCCCCAUGUACUCCAUGUGUUCAAGCAUCAACGACCUGACAAAUUUCGAGAGUUGCUCCGAAUCAACCCAUCCACUUUUGAUCGGCUGGUCGCAUGUAUUGAGAAAGACUCCGUCUUCUCCAACAAUUCUAGAAACCCCCAGAUGCCAGUCGAACAGCAAGUCGCAAUCACUCUGUAUCGUUUUGGACAUUACGGGAACGCAGCAGGUCUACAGGCAGUGGCAAAUUGGUCUGGCUGCGCGAAGGGCACUGUUGAUAUCGUCACUCGUCGAGUCAUGACUGCUAUCCUCCGACCGGAGUUUCGUCUGAGUGCAAUACGUUAUCCCACACCUCAGGAGAAAGAGGAGGCCAAGGCGUGGGUGGAGAAACACUCGUGCCAUGCGUGGAGAGACGGCUGGUGCAUGGUGGAUGGGACCCUCAUUCCGCUUGACGAACAACCUUACUGGUUUGGGGAAGCAUACUUUGACCGCAAGCAGAAUUAUUCUUUAAAUGUUCAAGUAAUGUGCUAUCCACCCUCUUCUCGUUUUCUCGCUUGCUCAUGA